AUCAACUGAACUGCAACGAUGUCUGGAAGAGGCAAGGGUGGAAAAGGACUCGGUAAAGGAGGCGCCAAGCGUCACAGGAAAGUCCUCCGUGAUAACAUCCAGGGAAUCACUAAGCCCGCUAUCCGCCGUCUGGCUCGCCGCGGUGGAGUCAAGCGGAUCUCCGGUCUCAUCUACGAGGAGACCCGCGGGGUGUUGAAGGUUUUCCUGGAGAACGUCAUCCGUGAUGCCGUCACCUACACCGAGCACGCCAAGAGGAAGACUGUGACCGCCAUGGAUGUGGUCUACGCUCUCAAGAGACAGGGACGCACUCUCUACGGCUUCGGAGGUUAAACUCAUCCAUCACACCAACAG